UUCCUCUCUCCAUAUGCUAAAGCUGUGUGGGCGUGUGUAUCUCUCCCCCCAACUCCUCAACCCAAUCCGAUAAUACGAAACGCUCUCUCUCUCUCUCUCUCUCUCUCUCUCUCUCUCCGCAUUAAAUAGAGUAUUCUUAGCGCAAAAUUCCCAAUCUUCUUUGGGGUUUUUACUGUGAAUUUACUGCAAACCUUCGCAGCUCUAAUUCGUGGCUUUCUAUUGAGACCAAAGUAACCAGAUUUUUCAGGUUGCAUUAAAAACGGACGACAUGUGUUAGUAAUAUAUGAGGGUGUAAUGUUUUGAGGGAGCUUUUUUGUUUUUGACAUCUUGUGCCAAUGGCCGCUGAUCAACGGAGAAAGCGCUUAAAUGGUGCUAGCAUCAUUGGCUGCAAUUCUAGGGAGCAACAUAAAGCAAAAAAGAAAAAUAUGGGAUUACUUAAAGAUGAUUCAGACAUAAAUUCUCAUAUUUCUCUUGAGUGGGAUGGAAAUCAGAAAAUGGUGUUUGCCAAAAGCGAUCAAAUUGGCAUAAGCUGGAGAGAUUUGAGGCCAUUUAUUGAUCCUACUUUCAAUAGCCACAAUAUUUUGGCAGAUGUUUUUGCCGUUCCUGAGGGAAUCUAUGAUUUGGAAGAUUUGGAAGAUGUGCUUUCGUAUGAGGUUUGGCAGACUCAUCUGUCAGAGAAUGAGAGAAAGCAUCUGAUGCAGUUUCUUCCUAGAGGACCAGAGGCAGAGCAAGUUGUGCAAGCAUUGCUUUCUGGGGAUUACUUUGACUUUGGAAACCCUUUUCUUAAAUGGGGUGCUUCACUUUGCUCAGGUGAUUUCCACCCAGAUGCCAUUCUCCGCAGGGAACAGUGUCUAAAUACUGAUAAGAAAGCCUACUACAAGGAGUUGCAGAAGUAUCAUAAUGAUAUGAUUGCAUAUUUACUGAAGUUGAAGGAGAGAUGUGCAAGCUGUAAGGAUCCUGAAAAGGAAAUUGUGCAGAAAAUAUGGAGGUCAAGAAAUGAUAUGGAGAAAAAAAUAUCUUCACACGCAAAUGAAUCCAGAUUCCGCGAUCUUGAGGAAAAUACCACAGUUACAUCUGAAUCUUGUUCAUGGGUUGCAGAUGAGAAAGCUUGUAGUAGUGAUAACCAGAUUUCCUCAGUGGACAAAGGGGGUAAACUUCAGAACAGGAUCUACGAGAAAGGUUUCGUAAAGGACAAAGGUAGAAAUGUAUUGGUUACAGCAGAUGGGGCAGUUAAUGUAGCAGCGAGAUCCAAAACAGGAGACAGGCUACAUAAGCGUAAUUUCUACAGUAGCGACGGUGCUAAAUACAUGUCAUAUGUUAAGAUUAGCAAGAAACAGUAUGAAAUUGUUAAGAGUAUGAAGCAGUCUGGCAAAAGCAUUCAGUCCAGGUCUCUUAACCGGGUUUUAGGUAACCUUGAUAGCUUUGAUGUACAACCAUAUGAAGUCUUUGUGGAAGAAGAGCAGAAAAAGUUGCAUCAGCACUGGUUGCAAUUGGCAAAUAAAGAUCUCCCAGCAGCUUAUGCAAAUUGGAAAGAAAUGCAUCUACAGAGGCGGCAAAUGACAAAGUCUUUGGAGAAAGACAUGAAAAGGAGGCUGGAGUCCCUGGUGGAGGAUGAUGGAGGUGAUGAGAACCAUGAGAGCUUGCUUCAGGGUGAGAUAGAUAUUGGAGCAGAAGACCAUGAAUCUCCCUUGGAAGAUGAUGACAUGUCUGAACCUGGCUCCCCACAGGGUGAUGAGUGCAACCCCAUGGACAUGGAAGAUGAUGACAAGUCUUUGCAGAAGCUUACUAGUGGUGAUGAGUGCAACCCCACAGAUAUGGAUUCAGAAGAACAUUCCAGUACUGAAUCAGAUAAUGAUUCAGAAAAGCAUAUCAUUACAGAAUCAGGUCAUUCUCCUCCUAAUUUAUCGGAGUACGUGGAGAAUCUAAAUACUGCAAAUGAUACGGUAAGUCAGGGAGCCCAAUUAUGUGCUCGUAGAGAUGUCUGGAAGCCAGUUAGCAUGCCACAUUCACAUUCUUACUAUGAUUCUACUGCAAGCCAUGAAUAUUCAUCUACCAGUGAGUUAUCACUUGCGCAUCCACAAGUUAAUGAAGAGCAACAAACACACUUAGUUGCUCUGGAGUCUGACUUGCCUGUGGGAGACACUGGGAAAGAUUUAUUGCACAGACAAUCAGAGAAUGGUUCCUUCAGUUACCCAAACCAAGAUCGAAAUGAAUUGCUUCAAUCUCUCUUUAAGGGCCAGAGCAUGUUACCCUACGAUCAUGAGCAGAAACAGACUGGGUUGGAUUUCCGACCACCAACCAAUGUGUUUACGGGAGCGGGUCAGUUUCGAGGGCAUUUUGAGGAGCAGCAACACCAGUCACUGCCUCUGGAGCAGGCACAUAAGAGAGAGAGUGAGGUUUAUAUGCAGCAAAACUUACCUGAUAACAUUUAUUCUGAUGGAGGUAGAUACUUAAUUUCAAGGCAGGAACAUCUGACUCCAAUCAAUGCGCAGGAUUGGGCUGUCAAUAGUGUUCGUAUGCCAGGACCCCUCCAGUCUCACUUAGAUGGGGGAGAAAUGUUGAGCCAUAACUGGUUUUCUGGAGAGCAUCAAGUUCAUGGUGGAUGGUCUGCAUCAGGUGGUACUAGUGUCGCAAGUCAGAGCAUUGGGAGUGGAACUAAUGCAGAUCAGAGCUUAUUCAGUGUUCUAUCUCAUUGUAACCAAUUACGUUCAAGUAGCCCUUAUCAUCCAGUAGCCUCCACUGAGCAGUUCAUUCCCCCUAGGAACUAUGGAAUGCCGGGUGGGGUUACUCCAAGGAUUGGAAAUGUUUUACCACAAGCAGCUCAUGCACUUGAUUACUUGGGUGGGCGUGAAGCAACUACUUCGAUGAUGCAUGAUGGGAUGCAAUGGAUGAACUUACCUCAUCAGAACUCUGGUUUACAUGAUCCAAUGGGGAAGCCAUUCUUGAGGUCGUGGAACCAAUGACAUUGUUCUGCCAUAUUGGGUGAGAGUUCCAAUAUGUGGUUUGGUUCAGUGGCGGCGGGACAAGAGUUGUCAAAUACCAGAUGCAUGUAGAAAGGAAAGGUGACUUGCUAUAUGGUUCAGAAUAUUUUGAGAUUCCGUUGGAGGGCAAGAGAUGUGAGGUUACUGGAGAUUCACAGAAGACAAAAGUGCAGAGCUGGUGAUAGGUUUUUGUACAUACCUAUACGAGGGCCAACUCUACACCAUGUAUAUAUGUUAGAUGGGCAGACAGAUAGCAGGGGAGUCAUGGAAUUAUUGGACAAUUCCAGGUAUCUCUAAUUUGUUAGUUAUAAAUUGAAUUUUUAUUUUUCAUUGGGAUUUCUUUAUCCUUUUGUGUUCUUGAGAGAACUUUUUCUAUAAUUUUGGAGGCUUUUAAGUUUCUUUAGAGGCAAAUGCUUUUAUAUAAUCAAUCUCUCUUGAAUACCAUUAGUUUGGUCGUGGGCAUUUCCAAACUCUCUCUCCCUCGCUUCCUCACUGU